AUGGAAGAGGAGGCUAUCUCUCAACUUACUUUCGAUUUCCUGGAAGACUGUGUUAAUAAAGGUGGUCUUUGUUAUGUGGAAGCUCGCUUCUCACCUCACUUACUGGCCGGUGACCGUCUUACUCCUGAGGAAACUCUGAAAACUGUUUUAAAUGCAGUAGAGCUAGGAAGUAAAACGUUUGACAUCCAUGCACAAAUCAUCCUUUGUAUGAUGCGGCAUAAGCCCGAAUGGUCCUCCGAGGUUGUCCAAUUUGCAGAACGAUAUCAGACUUUUGGGGUCUGUGCCGUUGACGUUGCGGGUGACGAUACACCCUGUGAUGGAACGAACACGGCCGAUGAAAUUAAAAUGGCAUUCAACGAGGCGUUCAAAUUGAACAUUCAUAGGGUCGCCCACGCGGGUGUAGACGGUGUUGCUGCUUCCGUGACAGAGGUCAUCAAGGAAAUGCACGCUGAGCGGAUAGGACACGGGUACCGUGUUCUGGAUGAUCCCAUUGUCUAUAAGAUGAUACGUGAGGAAAACGUUCACUUGGAGGUAAGUUCACUCUAA